AUGGCAAAAAAGUCCCAGAUCGACGAGAAAAAGUCCCAGAUAAUUUCUCGACGAAAAUCCAUAUUUUGGACUCAUGAGAUUAAUACAUCUCUUCCGAGCAUCUUUGGACCGUUUCAACUGAUAGCAACGAAAUGUGGCGGGCAUGUUUUCCCAAAAACACUGGUAAGUUUAAAAUAAGCAUAUCGUUUAUAGUCUUGCUCGCUACACGAAGCUAGAAAAACGUUUCUUCGUAGUUGGGCAUGGGACGAUCACUGUACACUGUAUGUACACGAGUAUCAAAGGCUCAUUGAACAAAAUGGGCGUUGAUUUCCCAGUUAUAGGGCUAUAGUGGGCUUAUUUUGCCUUUGUUUUUUGAAUUGUUGGUAGAAAAAAUCACGAAAAUCAUUUACACGGUUUCGCGCGAAAAGCAAAAAACAAAAACAAAAAAAAACACUACAUACCAUUUUCAGCUGUUUGAAUAUGCUUUUUGCUCUUUAUAAUAACCUAGUACCUUGAACUUGUACCUUGCAGCUCCCAGUUCAUGCAAAACAUUCUAAUAGUCUAUUUUCACAAUAGCACCAGUAACUCAUGUAAUAUUCGGGUGUCGCAGUUUUACCUGAUUUUUAAUGAUAUGACUAUCAUUCUGUCCUUUAUAUGAUUGCGACUUAGAGCGAUUUUACUUGACCCAUGAAACAUUUAAUAACAACUAUUGUAACUGAUAUAGCUACAAAUAAACAAAAGAAGACAAUAGAAUAAGUGCAUGAUAGUGCUUAGUAUUCUACUUCCUGUUUCAUGCGUUAAGUAAAAUCACUCUGAAGGAGUUUGCAAUUUUAGAGAUGGGAAAAUUUUGGAUAGUUGACAUUUAAUAUUAAUUUACCUGCCUGACAGGCAUAAUUUUCUGAGCAAGGUAUUGUACAUCAAAUGUUUAGUUUCUUAUUAUAUAUUUUUGUCUAUUUUUUUACCUUCUUUUACAUUAAUGUUCAGAAAGUUUUGAAGGGGAUGAAAGGAGAGUAUGUAAUAGAUGACGCUGGGGAUGCGAAGGAUACAGGAGCAAAAGGAAAAUGUAAUUAA